UCUCUCUGCUCUCUAGCCAGUCGUCCUGGUCCUGCUUGGAGAGAGGCGACGACGACAUCAGAAGCACGGCAUUAAGGGGAACACCAUGCAUCGUGUGCUGUCAAGACGACUGGACGCUCACAUUUUUUCGCUUUGUUGUUUUUGAUUUGCGUUAUUUUUGUUGCGUCUUUUCUUUCUUUCCUCCCCUCCUCCUCCUUUUCACCCAAUCUCUGACGCGCAAGGACACUACAGCAUCCAUCCACGGCAGAAACGCUCGCAUAGAGCAUCCUCUGUAUAGACGCACCAACCAUCCUCCUCCUUCCUUCCUCCCACUCUCCUGCUCUUCUCUUUUGUCGUUCUGUUCUAACCCAGAGGACAUCGGGACCUCUUCUAUUUCCCCACUUUGCCCGGAGACAUGGAUCUAUGGUUUCAUUCGAUCCGGAUUUGCUGGUGGAGGGUUUUGUUUCUGAUGAGUAUUUUCCAGGACUAUCUGAGCUCCAUGCUGGACUGCCCGCCGACCUGCAGCUGCUCUCAAACAGAGAUCUUUUGCAAUAAGUCCGACAACGGCAGGUUUUUCCCUUUACUCGCCCUGCAAGAUACUGGGAGCAAUGGGACCAGCGUUGACAUAGCGGAGUUAUUCAAAAACAUCACCUCUAUACAUAUAGAGAACUGGACAGGAUUGCAGACUCUGAGAGACGUCGAUAUGGAGCUCUACACUGGACUACAGAAGCUAACUAUCAUGAAUUGUAACCUGAAGUCUAUCCAGCCUCGAGCGUUUGCUCAGAACCCGCACCUAAGCACCAUAAACUUGUCAAAGAAUCCUCUCACCACUCUGUCAUGGCAGCUCUUCCAGCACCUCCAACUCCAAGAGCUGCGUCUGGAUGGUGUGGUGUUCGACUGCGGCUGUGACAUCCGUUGGAUCCAGUUGUGGCAUCAAAGAGGAGAAGCAAAGCUUAACACACAGCAGCUGUACUGCAGAAAUGGAGCCACCAAGAUACGACUGGAGAACAUGUACAUCCACAACUGUGACUUACCAGAGAUCAGUGUGAGCCACAGCAGUGUUUUGGUGAUGGAGGGUGACAAUGUGACGGUGAGCUGUAACGGAUCUGGAUCACCGCUGCCUGAAGUAGACUGGACUGUCAGCGGCCUGCAUUCCAUCAACACACACCUGUCAAACGUAUAUUGGCCCAACAUCCACUCUAUCAACCUCACUCUUUUCAACAUCAGCCGAGAUGACAACAACUUCCAGCUGACCUGCAUCGCAGAGAACGUGGUGGGGAUGACCAAUUCUUCCAUCCAGCUCAACGUACAGUUUCCUCCAGUCAUCCUGAGACUGGCUGAGCCCGAGCAGCGGCUUGAUACCUGCAUUGAAUUCACGGUUCGGGGUUACCCCCAACCCCAGCUGCGCUGGUUCCACAAACAGAAGGAAAUUAUAAAAAAUGACUACAUCCGGACCGAAAUGGACUUCUACCAGGACUAUCUCGAGGGCUGUCUGACCUUCCAGAACCCAACUCACAUCAACAAUGGCAACUAUACCCUGGAGGCCAGCAACGCUCUGGGAACGGUCACCAAGACGGUGUAUGGUCACUUCCUCGAGAACCCCGAUGAGCCAGACCCGGUGGAAGAAGUUACGCCGCCACAUCCAAGACCACCAGACGAAGAUACAUUUGGGGUUUCCAUUGCUGUGGGUUUGGCGGGCUUUGCUUGCGUCCUCCUCCUAGUCCUUUUUGUUCUCAUCAACAAAUACGGCCGGCGCUCCAAAUUCGGUAUGAAAGGACCAGUAGCUGUAAUCAGUGGUGAGGAAGACUCUGCUAGCCCUCUUCACCAUGUCAACCACGGGAUUAUUACCCCCUGUACUCUGGAUGCGAGUCCUGAUGCGGUUGUCAUAGGGAUGACUCGUAUUCCUGUAGUGGAGAACCCUCAGUACUUUAGACAUGGACACAACUGCAACAAGCCAGCCACCCUUGUCCAGCAUAUAAAGCGGAGAGACAUCAUCCUGAAAAGAGAGCUGGGCGAGGGAGCCUUCGGUAAAGUCUUCUUGGCAGAAUGUUACAACCUCAGUCCCACUAAGGACAAGAUGCUGGUGGCCGUUAAGACUCUUAAAGAUCCCAACCUGUCAGCCAGGAAGGACUUCCAGAGAGAGGCCGAGCUGCUGACCAACCUGCAGCAUGACCACAUUGUUAAAUUUUAUGGCGUGUGCGUAGAUGGAGACCCUCUCAUUAUGGUGUUCGAAUACAUGAAACAUGGAGACCUCAACAAAUUCCUCAGAGCCCACGGCCCAGAUGCCAUGAUCCUGGUAGAUGGCCAGCCACUGCAGUCCAACGGAGAGCUGGGCCUUUCCCAGAUGCUGCACAUUGCCACCCAGAUUGCCUCAGGCAUGGUUUACCUGGCCUCCCAGCACUUUGUGCACAGAGAUCUGGCUACCCGCAACUGCCUGGUGGGCAACGGCCUACUGGUGAAGAUUGGAGACUUCGGCAUGUCCAGGGACAUCUACAGCAGUGACUACUACAGGGUUGGAGGACACACCAUGCUACCUAUUCGCUGGAUGCCCCCAGAGAGCAUCAUGUACAGGAAGUUCUCCACGGAAAGCGAUGUCUGGAGCUUUGGAGUCAUUCUGUGGGAGAUCUUUACCUAUGGGAAGCAGCCUUGGUUUCAGCUGGGUAACAACGAGGUCAUUGAGUGCAUAACCCAGGGUCGCGUUCUGGAGAGGCCACGGAUUUGUCCUAAGGAGGUUUAUGACAUCAUGCUAGGCUGCUGGCAGCGGGAACCACAGCAGCGACUGAACAUUAAGGACAUUCAGAAGGUCCUGUUCGCCAUGGGAAAAGCCACGCCGGUCUACCUGGACAUCCUGGGCUAGCAGCGGCCCGUGAGUGGCCUCGCCAGACGCAAAGAUCGACAGAGACAUACAGACAGAACGACCCACACGGAUCCAGGAAUAACCAAACCAACCUGCUUCACUGUCGAAAAAACACCUGCAUUGUUUGGGAAGGACUUAAGUGCCUGCAACACUUUUGGAUAUAGUGGAUAAAACGUAUUCAAAAAAACACGCACUUUUACAUUUUGUUUACUUGUGUAUAAGAUGUACAGGUUUGAAGAAGACUUUUUGUUUUUGUUUUUCCUUGAAAAACUGCAAAAAUACACAAAAAUGGAGACCGAAAGGAAAGUGGACUGGCAGUAGGAAGGGGCCGCAAUUUGAUUAUAUUAUGGAGAGAAGACAUCAGAGUUCAAAUCUAUCCUAGGUUUGGUUUUAUGAAUAUAUAUAGAAAUAUUACAUAUAUUUUAUAUUUAUUUCUUUUUGUCAAGGUGUUGAAGGGUCUCCCAUGUGUGUUGCUAAGGGCUUGGCCCUGUCUGAAGACGCCACCGACAAACUAUUGGCAGGGACUUGACGUUGGAAGCCUUACUUGCACUCUGAUUGGCUGGCUCUGAGCUCAUAAAGGGAGCUCUUUGGAAUAACACUGGAUGGUUGGAAAAUAGCAGCGCUCUGUAGAGGACCUACCCAAUCAGACAACUGACAAAUCUAUUUUAAUUUAAAGAUAAUGUACAUAUUGUAAAAUUCUAUGUGUCAGAAUUAUGUUAACUUAUUUUUUCCGAUGUUACUUUGAUUCCUUUUCUGACUGUGAUCUGGGUGGCUAAAGUAUAAAGCUAUGGUAUUUGUUUUCAUCCUAAUCCAGAGGAGAUUUCCUUGGGAAUUACUCGUGUCAGUGCUGGUUGUCUAAUGUGGUGAAGGUGAAUGCCAGUGAAUACAAUGCGAAAAGCCCACUGACACCGAAUCAAAGAGACUUUGGCGAACGUGGGAUGACUCAGAGCCAUGGUUCAACAUGACACUUUCCAAAGAGGUGAUGAAACCUCGGAUUCACGUUCCUUUUCAUUUGCUUUUUAUGGCAAGAAUUAUAAGUUGGUUAGUAAUAUCUCACGCCUCAGCCCUCAAAUACACAUACACAUACACACGCUUUGUCAUAUUCAAGCUUUUUGAUGUAAAACUGCUUAAAAAAAAAACAGCGUUUUUGUAGCUUUGAGUGUAUUCAUCAUUUGUGAGUCGCAGGGUUGUUGUCUUGAAUUAAACAGCCUAUUGUAUGUGUUAAAGGAACUAUUUGACAUUUUGACCAAUAUGAUUGCUUUCUUGCUGAGAGUUAUAACAAAUGCAGCUUUUAUAUCUUAUUUUUUUAAUAUGUGGCUAGAGGUUUCAGCACAUGGUCAGCUUAGCUUAGUAAAAAAAAGCAUCAGCUAGUUAAGCUUUUUGAAAAGCACAUUGACAUUUUAACUAACACAUAUAUUUAUCCUGAUAGAGCUUAUAUGUAGCUUUGUGAAUAAUAAGUAAUGUUUUAACUGAAAAAUAGUUAUAUAAAAAGCUUUUUCUUUUAAAUCGAAUAUUAUUUAUUCAGUUUCUGUUCUGCUCUGAAUUUUAUUGCUAGGCCUAUUUCAGAUUUUUUUUUUUUUAUUCAAUCAUGAAAUUGUAAUGGAAAACCUGCCAAGUAAUUUUUAUGUCCCAAUUUAAGCCAAAUAUACCCAAAACUGCUACUGAUUUACAAAAAGGAAAAAAACUGCUAGAGUGAGUAGCCAAUUAGAAACAAUUAAAACAGUGAACCCCAAACGUCAGACCACUCACACUCAGAUUAAAAUGUUAAAAUCUUAUACAGUCGAUGUAAAACUUUAAUCACAUCUCUGGUCAUUACACAAGUAGAACAUUCAACAUUUCUUUUCCAUUUUCAUGGAUAACUUUUGAUGUUUGUUGAACGUUAUUCUCCAUAAACAGCUUCAUUUUCAAAAUUAAGUUCUUUCAACUAAUAAGAUAUAAGAAGCAUCCAGGAUUAGAAAGAGGUCAGAAAUGAAGAAUAAUAGCAAACCCAAGUUUUAAAAAAAAUCCUUAACAAAGUCAAAAGAAAAACUUUAAUAGAAAAAUCAACUUGAGUUUGUAACCAGUUCCUUGGAUUAAAACCAGAAGGAUUAUUAUUUGAGUUAGCCUAUAUAACAGCACUUUAUCAGGUAAGUUUGUAGAGUAGGUUUAAGUACUUUGUUCACAUGUAAACACCCUGGAAGCUGUUUUUCACAAACUCAAUUCUCUUAAAAUUGUAGUUUAAAUUGCCAUUUAGAAAACACUUGUGGCCUCCAGUGUCUUUACAGUCGACACUUUGUGAAUCCGGUGAUUAGACCAAUUUGUUAUGCUUUUAACGAUAAAUUUAGUUGUUUAGCUUAUUUACAUAUUAACAUAUUAAGUAUGUUCAACAUUCAUGUUAUAGCUGCAAAAACAGAUUUUUUUUUAGAAGAGUCAGUUAAAGCCAUAGCUAGAGUUUUGAUUGAUAAACAUCAGUACUUUUGAAGACUUACAAACUAUGUAAGUCAUAGCCAUGCUGCUUUGCUAGUAAAUUUCUGCAGACUGUAGCAAUGUUCCUUACAUUGUAACAAAUUUUAAAAUUUAAGGUUUUAACAUAUGUGUCAUAAAAUGUGAAACAUUUCUCAAAAAUACAGUUCGGUGGAAUAAGCUAAUUGGGUAAGCUACACUGGACAUGGAGGGUUAGCUAAUUAGCACAGUUAGCACAUUUCUCAAAAAUACAGUUCGGUGGAAUAAGCUAAUUGGGUAAGCUACACUGGACAUGGAGGGUUAGCUAGCUUUGGUUUCUUAUGUCUUGAUUGUGUUCAACUGAGGUUAUUGGCCAACUUUCUUUCUCCCCACACUGAAGUGCAUUUUCAGAUGUUGGGAAGCUAAUUUUGUUGCAAACAGCUAUUCCCUAUUUCCAGCGUUUGAGCCAGGCGAAACUCACAAGCUGUUGGUGCUAGCUAUACAUUGUCAAUACCGAUAUGAGAGCUGCAUUGAUCUUAUCAUCUAACACUCAGCAAGAAAGCAAAAUAGGAUAUUUUCCCCAAUGUAGACCUCUUAUUUUAAAAUAUUAUAGGUUGAUGUCAUCAGGAUCCUAUCACUAUACACGCUGUUAAAAGAAACACAUUGCAUUUUUAUUACUAUUAUCAUGAUUUCUCUUCCAUCAGCUGCACAAGAAUGAUGUUGGCUGAUUAGAAAAACACUCCUGUUACAAUUACAGAGAGGUGGCUGCAGCAGGCGGAUACUUGUCUUAAUUUUUGGACUGUACACGAAAAAUAAUAACCACUGAAGUGGGUCAGCUAAUUGCAGUUUUUAAAAAUAAUUACAGUAUUAACUUAAAGAGAAAAUACGAAGAGUUUUGUUGUAAAAUCUGAUCCAAUUCGACUCAAAACCUACAACCAAAUAGAUAUUACUUUUGAAAAAUCUCAUAAUUAAGUGCUCAGUUGACAAAAUGAGUUAUUUCUAUCAGAGUGGAUCCUGAAGCAUUCUCACACACUGAAUGAUAAACCUCAGGCAACUAUUUUAUUUCAUGUUGUAUCUGGAUAUAGAAUGGUUUACAAAGAAGCUCUUCACAUCUCUUCCUUAUUAUCUUGACAUGAAUUCUCACAGUAUCACAAUGUUGUCUCUGUUUCCCUUGGGACUGUGUAAAUCAUUAAUGAGCAUUUGGUUAUUUCAAGUAUUUUGUAUGAAAGGCGAGAUCCAGUCCAUUGAGUUACCCAAAGCAUUGAGUUUUUGUGUAUUCUCUUGUGGUAAAGAUAAACGCUUAAAGACAUUAUGACACAGACCGUGAGCGUUUGCAGGGUAUUGUAAUCCUUUCAUGGUGAGUUGAAUAUUCUUUAAAAAAAGUCUUUCUUUUUUUUCUUGGAUGAACUAACUGAACACUUUUUGAAGCAAAGUUGGCAUAUUACCAUGUACACAUGUUACAGAAUAUUAAAAUGUGGUAUAACAUCUACAGUAUAUAAAAUACUGGUAUUCCAUGAUAGAUCUUUGUAUUAAUGUGACUCUCUUAAGAAAAUGUCUUCAAACAAUCAGACGAUCUCUUUUUCCAUUUUGUCCUGUCUUAUAAAGAUGUGUGAAUUUGA